AUGGCUUCAACAAUCAAGCCCAUAAAGGUCUGGGGAAAAGGCGGGCCCAACCCGCCUAAGGUGCACAUUCUCCUCGAAGAGCUCGGGCUCCCCUACGAAUUAAAUCCCAUCCCUCUCACCGAAGUAAAGGAACCCGAGUACCUAGCCAUCAACCCAAACGGCCGUGUCCCCGCAAUCCAGGAUCCUAAUACCAACCUCACUAUUUGGGAAUCCGGCGCCAUUCUCGAGUAUUUGGUCGAGAAGUACGAUGUGGAGAAACGAAUAAGCUUCGAGGCCGGGACGAAGGAGUUUUAUGCAGCGAAGCAAUGGUUAUUUUUCCAGGUUUCAGGACAAGGGCCUUAUUACGGGCAGGCUUCUUGGUUUUACAGGUAUCAUCCUGAUGUGGUCGUUAGUGCCAGGCAGAGAUAUGUGAAGGAAAUCAAUCGCGUAACGGGGAUUUUGGAGGGGCAUCUCAAGAAAGUGAAGAAGGAGAAUGGUGGUGGUGAGGCGUGGAUUGUUGGCGAUAAGGUGUCGUACGUUGAUUUUGCUUGGAUUGUUUGGCAGGUAAUUAUUGUGUUGAUUGUGAGCAAGGAAGAGGGGUUUGAUCCAGAAGAUUACCCUAAUGUCAAGGAGUGGAUGUCCAGACUUACUGAGAGAGCAAGUAUCAAAGUCGGCUUGGGAGAUAUACUUGCAAUGCUCAAUAAGGCGUAG